AUGGGGAAUUUAACAGAAGACACUGCAUUCCAGUCAAAUAUACCUGAAAGCGCUGAUAUGAUUGUUGCGGUCGUAUAUUCGAUAUUUGGAAUCUGCUCCUUGUUUGGUAACAGUCUGCUGCUGCACAUCUCCUACAAGAAGAAAGACCUGCUAAAGCCAGCGGAAUUUUUCAUCAUAAACCUGGCCGUCAGUGACCUGGGCCUGACUGUGUCCCUGUAUCCGCUUGCAAUAACUUCCAGUAUAUUUCACAGGUGGCUAUAUGGCAAAAUAAUAUGCUUAAUCUAUGCUUUCUGUGGAGUCCUGUUUGGGAUCUGCAGUCUGACCACCCUAACACUACUGAGCACUGUGUGCUGUCUAAAAGUAUGUUACCCUCUGUAUGGGAACAGGUUCAGUUACGGCCACGGGCGGCUGCUAAUCGCCUGCGCCUGGGCGUACGCGCUGGUGUUCGCCUGCUCGCCGCUGGCCCGCUGGGGCGUGUACGGGCCCGAGCCCUACGGCACGGCCUGCUGCAUCGACUGGCGGUCCUCCAACACGCAGGCGGUGGCCAAGUCCUACACCGUGGUGCUGUUCGUCUUCUGCUACCUCCUGCCCUGCGGAGUCAUCGUGGCGUCCUACGCCCAGAUCCUGGCCGCCGUCCGACGCUCCCGGAGGGCGGUCAAACGGCACGUCUCCCCGCAGUCCAAGCUCAGCAACUUCCAGGCCAUCAUUGUGAAGCUGAGCGUGGCGGUGUGCAUCGGCUUCUUCGCGGCCUGGAGCCCCUACGCCGUGGUGUCCAUGUGGGCCGCCUUCGGCCACAUCGAGAACAUCCCCCCGCUGGCCUUUGCCCUUCCCGCUAUGUUCGCCAAGUCCUCCACUCUCUACAACCCCAUCAUCUACCUGAUGUUCAGGCCCUACUUCAGGAAGGUCAUGUGCAGGGAGUUCGCCAUGCUGCAGCAGGCUUGUCUCAGGAACUGCUUUUGCACCGAGAGGCUGGUGAAGUGCAGCUCAGCGUCGAUAGUCAAGGAAGAGGCCUCCGUGGAGCAAAAACAGACCCCAAAAAUGCAGCAGGCUGCCAAAAAAUCUGUGCGCGUGUUUGUCCGAGGGAAGAGAAACGCAGAAAUAGACUGUCUGGAGAUAACCUUGGAAGCGGUGCCAGCGCGGGUAAAAACAGCAUGGCGGUAA